UGUGCUGGUGUAGGGCGGAAUCCUGCUGACAAACGGAGUAGGUUGGGAAGGAACGGAUCGCUACACAGUGACUGCAGGUCUGAGGCGAGUCGCUCUCCAAGCCUGCGGCCGUCUGGCUGGGAGGCGGCUAUUUAUUUUUCUAGUGUGGCCGAGGGGCGAGGGCCCCUCCGGGUGUUCUGCUCUGGUACUACAGUCCCAGGCGAGCAGGAUAGCCGUCCUGUGCUCACCCUGGGUGGCUGCCGGCCUUCUCAGAACGGAAGGCGCCCGCCUCCUUCUACACCGGGGCACAGGUGUCCGCUGCCAUGGCUUUUCCACUUCGGCCGGACGCCCCUGAGCUUCCUGACUUUUCCAUGCUCAAGAGGCUGGCUCGAGACCAACUCAUCUAUCUGCUUGAGCAGCUUCCUGGAAAAAAGGAUUUGUUCAUUGAGGCAGAUCUUAUGAGCCCUUUGGAUCGAAUUGCCAAUGUGUCCAUACUGAAGCAACAUGAAGUAGACAAGCUGUACAAGGUGGAGAACAAGCCAGCUCUCAGCUCCAACGAACAAUUGUGCUUCUUGGUCAGACCUCGCAUCAAGAAUAUGCGCUAUAUUGCCAAUCUUGUCAAUGCUGACAAAUUGGCUGGCCGAACUCGAAAAUACAAAGUGAUCUUCAGCCCUCAGAAGUUUUAUGCAUGUGAGAUGGUGCUUGAGGAAGAGGGAAUCUAUGGAGAUGUAAGCUGCGAUGAAUGGGCCUUCUCUUUGCUGCCUCUCGAUGUGGAUCUGCUGAGCAUGGAACUGCCAGAAUUUUUCAGGGACUAUUUCCUGGAAGGAGAUCAGCGUUGGACCAACACUGUGGCUCAGGCGUUGCACCUUCUCAGCACUCUCUAUGGAUCUUUUCCAAACUGCUAUGGAGUUGGCAGAUGUGCCAGGAUGUCAUAUGAACUAUGGAGGAAACUGGAGGAAGAGGAGGAUAGUGAAACCAAAGGCCGAAGACCAGAAAUUGGUCAUAUCUUUCUCCUGGACAGAGACAUGGACUUUGUGACGGCACUUUGCUCCCAAGUGGUUUAUGAGGGCCUGGUAGACGACACCUUCCGCAUCAAAUGUGGAAGUGUGGACUUUGGCCCAGAAGUUACAUCCUCUGACAAAAGCCUGAAGGUGCUACUCAAUGCUGAGGACAAGGUAUUUAAUGAGAUUCGUAAUGAGCACUUCUCCAAUGUCUUUGGCUUCUUGAGCCAGAAGGCCCGGAACUUGCAGGCCCAGUAUGAUCGCCGGAGAGGCAUGGACAUUAAGCAGAUGAAGAACUUUGUGUCUCAGGAGCUCAAAGGACUGAAACAGGAGCAUCGCCUGCUGAGCCUCCAUAUUGGGGCCUGUGAAUCUAUCAUGAAGAAGAAAACUAAGCAGGAUUUCCAAGAGCUAAUCAAGACUGAGCAUGCACUGCUAGAGGGGUUCAACAUUCGGGAGAGCACCAACUACAUUGAAGAACACAUUGACCGGCAGGUGUCACCUAUAGAAAGCCUUCGCCUCAUGUGCCUUUUGUCCAUCACUGAGAAUGGUUUGAUCCCCAAGGAUUACCGAUCUCUGAAAACACAGUAUCUGCAAAGCUAUGGCCCUGAGCAUCUGCUCACCUUCUCUAAUCUGCGGCGAGCUGGGCUCCUAACAGAGCAGGCCCCAGGGGACACUCUCACAGCAGUGGAGAGUAAAGUAAGCAAGCUGGUGACUGACAAGGCUGCAGGAAAGAUUACUGAUGCCUUCAGUUCUCUGGCCAAGAGGAGCAAUUUUCGGGCCAUCAGCAAAAAGCUGAAUUUGAUUCCACGCGUGGACGGAGAGUAUGAUCUGAAAGUGCCCCGAGACAUGGCUUAUGUCUUCAGUGGUGCUUAUGUGCCCCUGAGCUGCCGAAUCAUUGAGCAGGUGUUAGAGCGGCGAAGCUGGCAGGGUCUUGAUGAGGUGGUACGGCUACUCAAUUGCAGUGAGUUUGCAUUCACAGACAUGACCAAGGAAGACAAGACUUCCAGUGAAUCCCUGCGCCUUAUCUUGGUGGUAUUCCUGGGUGGCUGCACAUUCUCUGAGAUCUCAGCCCUUCGGUUCUUGGGCAAAGAGAAAGGGUACAGGUUCAUUUUUCUGACAACAGCUAUCACAAAUAGUGCUCGCCUUAUGGAGGCCAUGAGUGAGGUGAAAGCCUGAAGCUUUUGAGGCCAACAUUGGAGUCUUCCUUGGAUGUAGGUGUUUGGUACCCAGCUGCUAACAAAGUAUUCCCAUUGGCCCUGCUGAGAGCUGGGGAAUUUGGAAUUUAUUUGGGACCUACAGAACAUAUUUGACAACAAUGUUCAUAUCAUGUGCCUGGGAUAUUCCAUUUUUUUGCUUAUGAAGUAGAGUACAUGCUGGUAAGAUACAAGGGAGAAGAGGUAACCUUUGCUAAAUCCUGUUUGAAUAUCAUUGUAAAUAAAGCCACUGCUCUCAUACAUAA